AUGGCCGACAAAUUCGACGACGCGACACAAAAAGAGCUCGCCAACUUCGUGGAAGCCGAGCAGGCACAGGCGCGCCUCCAUUCCUCCAUCCACAUGCUGACGAGCAUGUGCUGGGACAAAUGCGUCACAGGGACGCCCUCCACGCGGUUCUCCCGCUCGGAGGAGGGCUGCUUGGCGAACUGCGUCGACCGGUUCCUCGACACAAGCCUGUUUAUGGUGAAGAAGAUCGAGGAGCAGAGGGCGCAGCACGGGCAGCUGUCAUAG